AUGAAUCAUGGCAGACGACCUCGCUUGGAGAACUUCUUCAGCAAAUGCUGCAGUGCUAUGAUUCACGAGUUCGGGUUGAACACGGCGGAAGAGGAUUUUCAGUUGUCCUUUUACUUCAGACAACAAUGGCAAGAUUCUCGUUUGGCUUAUGGGAAUCAUUUUCACGAAGAAAAAAUCACUUUGGGUGGAGGAAUCCUUGAACAGUUGUGGCUUCCACAGACGUAUUUUGUCAACAAGAAAGGAUCCAGCACCAGUGUGGAUGCAAAUUUUUUUGUGCGAAUUUUUCCCGAUGGAUCAUUGCUUGUAAUCACCAAAAAUACACUUACGAUGGAUUGCUACAUGGAUUUAAGAAACUUUCCAUUUGAUGUUCAGAAGUGCAACUUGACAAUAGAGAGCUUUGGUUUCACCACCAAAGAUGUAGUGUAUAAGUGGAUUUCAAGUAAGAGUACUGAAGCGGUGGAACAGGAUCCUGGACUCACUACAUCAGAGUUUGACAUUGGUCCGAUUAGAAUAUUUGAAUCUGCUACAUUGUAUAAAACAGGUUUGUUUUCAAGCUUGAAAAUGGAACUGAACUUCCAAAGAAGAUCUGUUUAUUACCUGAUACAAAUUUACAUUCCCAGUGGCAUGAUAGUAGUGUUGUCCUGGAUAUCUUUCUGGAUAGAUAAUCAGUCGAUUCCAGCCAGAACUGCGCUUGGUAUCACCACAGUGCUCGCCAUGACAACGCUCUUAUUUGGUGUCCAGUCCUCAUUACCAAGUGUGCCGUAUAUCAAAGCCGUGGACUUAUUCAUGAUUGUAUCAUUCGCUAACGUCUUCGCUGCACUGGUGGAGUUUGCGGUUGUGAACUAUACAAGCAUGCGCGAAAAGGAGAGGAAGGAAUCAAAGCCAUCCAAAAAUACGAAAAAGAAAUACACUGUGGUAAGUAAAUCUCACAUUUACAGCCGCAAGAUACUUAAGCUAGCCCAGUAUCAAGAUUGCAAUGCAUAAGGCUGCGGUACUAAAAAAAUAAAUUAUUAUGCAUAUUUCAGAUGAUCUGCAUCCAUUCUCGGUUUUCAUUACAGAGAAACCAAUAUAAUGCAUUUAAACCCGUGGUUGCGGUUUUCCUGCGUUUAUCGCAGGCCACGUGCUUCUGGCGGUUGCUACCGGUAACACGCUACGCCACUCUUGUUCCCGCGCUUAUUGCUGGUUACCACUACGCCGUUGUGACUAAUCAAACAUGUCGCCGGCAACUUACCCUGUGCUGCUUUUUUCUCACUUUCCAUUGGCCACUUUGUUGAUUUGUGAACUUAUCCGUUACCUCACAUUUUGCUACCGUACUGACUCGCUCAGUCGGAAUAGGGUAAAUCCUCGAAUUAGUAGCGCCGGGGGAGCAUAUUUCAAAUUUAGAAGAAGAAGCGGGGCGCUUAUUCGAGGGAGGCGCUUAAUCGAGAGGGUGGGGUGUUUAUUUAAUUUUUCUCCAAAUCGUGGUCAGAUAUGAUCGGGGUUUUUUUGUAGUAUAUGUAUGUGUCAGUCCCUCAAAAGUCUCAGAAGGAUCCUAUUUCUUUUGAAAAACUACAUAUUAUAACCCCUUUAGCCAUCCAUUGCGACAGUCGAUGUGCAGUGCUUGAAUGAGUCGAUAAUCACUUGCUUGUGAUUAACCACGACCAAAACUAUACAUCUGUUGUUGUCUCAGUACUCUUCCGUAAAACUGGGGGAGGGGAGUGGGGCGGUUAUUCGAGGUGAGGGGCUUGUUUCAAGUUUUGGCCCACAUGAGCGGGGGCGGGGGGCUUAUUUGAGGGGAGGCGUUGAAGUCGAGGAUUUACGACAAACUUAGGAAAGCCUCUACUGAGAUAUAUCUUUCGUCAGCAGAAUCCUGACAUUGUUAUGCUAAACUUCCGAAAUUUAUCAUAUGAAAAUGACGCGGGAAACGAGCACCAUUUACAAAAUGGCGUUACUCAAAAUGGCGUGACCCAAAAUGGCGUGACCCAAAGUGGAAUGACCCAAAAUGGUGCUAUCAAUAACAUUCGCAACUCUCUUCACAAACGGGACGCACAGAUCAGCAAUGGUACUAUUGGUGAACACAACCCACCUGAUCAAACGUUUCUGUCACGUGAUUACCCACACGUGCAAGAACCUCCAUUCAAUCGUCCAAACAGGUGCCGCUGGAGAUGUAAAAUCACAGCCAAUGCUAUCGAUGCUUGGUCACGUGUUCUCUUUCCGUUAGCAUACGGACUUUUUAUAGUCGCUUAUUGGAUAAUUUAUUCAUCGGCGAACACGGACAAAACGAGCCUAUGAAUGAGAGGCAGUGGGAAAAUAUGUUCAAUUCUGAUUGGUAUGCAAGUACGUACACGUAAACACAGAGAAUGGACUAGAGAGUUAAGUGGAAAUGACAAAUAAGUAAAGUGACUUUUUCCAAAGGCCAGCCACCUGACUCGUACCAGAUUUUAAUUGGAAUCUCUGUAUUUAUAAGGAGAAAUUUCAGGCAUGAAAUUCCUUUCACCUAGAGCUAGAAAAGAAAAGAUAGGAAUCGUCCAUUGCUUUGCAGUUGAAAUUCUUGCAUGUACAAUUUUGGAUGACAGACCGUGAUUUGAAGUUUCAAAGACAACUGGUCAUCUAAUGAAAGCCGAGAUACUUCAAGAGUAUGAUAAACGUAGGAGACUUACUAACAACAAAAAUAGCAAAACAUUUUCAUGGAAUUUUUCUCUUCCCAGGAACUAUAAUACUUACAUGGUAUAUAAUGCUUACUCUUCGCAAGGCCCACGAAAUGGCUAAUUCCCUCUACGAGAUGCUCCUGCAGGGAAUCAUGGUAGUUGUAUUCAUCAUCUUGGACUGGACACUACCAUGAUACCUUGCAGGCGCAUCUCAUAGAGGAAAUUGACCAUUUAAACACAUUUAUAAUCCUCAAUAGACCAAUUCCGAUAUAUUAAAAUUCAGCCUAACACAAUAGACCUCAGCACG